AUGGCCAAGUAUCAAAUGAUGAUGGUAAAGUUUUCAGCAUCCUCUACAUUUCUCCUCUCCGCCGUCGUCUUGGCCGCCUUUGUGGUGCGGCCAGCGGCGGCCACCGACGCCACUGCCCGACAGUUCUGGACCCGGCCGGGCGGCAUCUUCUCCGGCCUCCGCCUGGCGGGCACCACCUGCACCACCGAUGACGGCGAAUCGGGUACCUGCUCAACGGAAGCGGACUGUCGGGAUCGACAAGGCUUCCCCGGUGGCGCCUGCGGCCGCAGCGGAAGUGGCCUCGUCUGCUGCAACAACAUCCGCCUCAGCUGCGGCGCAACGACGUCGAAGAAUGAGAGCUUCUUUGUGAAUCCAAACUACCCGAGCUACCUGAACAGCACCGCCACCUGUCAGAUUACCGUCGCCAGCAAUCCGGGCAUCUGUCAGAUCCGCCUCGACUUUGAAGAUUUUGAACUCGCCCAGCCCGAUGAGUUCGGUCGUUGCACCCAAGACAGCUUCAUGGUGCGAACCACAGUAGGCGAACGUCUGCCAAUGCUCUGCGGCGAGAACAAGGGCCAGCACAUGUACGUGGACAUGGGCCGAGGGUCAGCCAAUCCGGUGGUCCUUUCGGUAAUUACCAACGAACGGGAUGGCAUCAAUCGCAAGUGGAAGAUCAAGAUCAGCUUUGUGAAGUGCGACAACUACGUGAUGGCGCCGUCGGGCUGUUUGCAGUACUACCGAUCGCCUUCGGAUACAAUUCGAACGUUUAACUAUGGUGCCAAGAUCGACGGCAAAUCGCGCUACCUCUCCAACCUUCGCUACAGUGCCUGCAUUCGCGUGGAGGAGAACUUCUGCUCGAUCAAGUGGACCACCGAGUCGGCAGACAGCUUCAGCUGGGGCGUGGCCAAUGACCCGAUGUACAAUGCCCAGGGCAAUAACACCAAAAUGGGCCUGACGGGGGCGCAGUGCAACGACGACGACUACGUCGGCAUUGACCAGGGCUCGCAGGAGGGCAGCGGCGUCGGCGAGGACCGCUUCUGCGGCCAGAAACUAUUCUACAACAAUCUGGUCAUCUCUCGAAGCAAACCCUUCAUGUUGAAGGUUCGCUCCAACUCCGACCAGAGCGACAAUAACCGCUUUUCGCAGGCGGGCGCCGCGCUCACCUUCACCCAGCUUCCCUGUUCAGUUUGA